UGAGUUAACUCUCUCCCUGGCAGCGGCUUACCUGGACAGGGGUGUGGGUGUGUGCGCGCAGAACCAAAAGGAUCAGGUCGCAGCACUCCCACUGACAUUCACUCUGAGCCUCAGAGGCUCCCAUAUCCCUCCAGCAGACACAUGAACAUACGCUCUUCGCUCAGUUUCAGAGCUGAGAAGUAAAUAUUAGACGGCACUGCGCCUCCCCAGGAGAGAAACAGGAGACAGCAGAGGGAGAGGAACUGGAACUUUUUUUUCCUUUCUUUCUCCUUCUUGAAGGGGACUUUGAACUUGGACACAGGGGACAGAGAUUUUAUUUAACCCGGGUGGAUACCUAGCAAAAAGAGGAAAUACUUUUCUUUCUUCCAUACCGUUGGACUUUUGGACUUGGACUGGGCGCCGAGGCUCUCAAGAGGGGGGAGAUGGGAAGUUGGUCGAUCCGGUGCUUAGCUGGACUCGGUCUGCUAGCCGUGCUGCUGACCUACUGUUCUGCUCAAGUGCACUACUGCCUGGCCUCCAAGUCCGGCUCCUGCUCUGAGUGUCUGCAGGCGGGGGAAGGCUGUGCAUACUGCUCUGAAGAGACCUUCAGUGGUCCUCGCUGUGACCUGCAUGAGAAGAUCGUCGCCCAGGGCUGCAGCGCCGCGGCUGUGAUCACGGCCAAAAGCUCGCUUCUGAUAGAGAAAGAGGAAAAGAUUAACAAGAAGAUUCAAAAGGCUCAGGCAUCGCCACAGGAAGCAACGAUGACCUUUCUGCCCGGGGAGACAAAAGAGAUAAACGUGCAGGUGUUUGCUCCAACUAAAGGCCCUCUGGAUCUUUAUAUUCUUAUGGACUUCUCAAACUCCAUGAAAGAUGAUUUGGACAACUUGAAGAAAAUGGGCAAUGAGCUGGCGGUGGUGGUGAAAACGCUCUCAGAUGACUACACUAUUGGAUUUGGCAAGUUUGUGGAUAAAGUCAUUGAGCCCCAGACUGACAUGAGACCUUCCAAACGUAAGCAGCCAUGGCCCGACAGUGAUUCUCCGUUCGCUUUCCAAAAUGUCAUCAAACUGACAAGCGAUGUAGAUUCCUUCAUAAAGGAGCUCCAGAAGGAGAGGAUAUCUGGAAACCUGGAUGCCCCAGAAGGAGGAUUUGAUGCCAUACUACAGGCAGCUGUGUGCAAGAAUGAGAUCGGCUGGCGCACACACAGCACUCAUCUCUUGGUUUUCUCCACCGAGUCGGCCUUUCACUACGAAGCUGAUGGCGUCAACGUGCUGGCCGGUAUUCUGCCACGCAACGACGAGCUCUGCCACCUGGACGGAGAGGGCAAAUACACAGAGGCUACAAACCAGGACUACCCUUCGAUCCCCACGCUGGUCCGUCUGCUGGGAGAACACAACAUCAUCCCCAUUUUCGCGGUCACCAACCACUCCUACACACACUACAGCAAACUGAAAGAGUAUUUCCCCAUCGCUGAAGUUGGUUUGCUUCAAGAGGAUUCCUCCAACAUCCUGCAGGUCAUGGAGGAUGCCUUCCAGAGCAUCCGCUCCAAGAUGAGCAUCCGUGCAGAGAACAGACCCAAGGCUUUUGACGCUCACUUUCUGCAUUUAAACAAUAAAGUAGCCGAAUAUGGAGCCUUCAACUUCCAGCCUGGAGAAGUUGGCGAAUUCAAGGUAAAGCUCAAAGCCCAACGAAUGAUUGAAGAAACACACGUGUGCAACAUGAACCCAGAUGACACAGAAGGUACGAUCAAAGUCAAGCCGACGACUUUCGGUGUUGGGGUCAAUGUGAAGGCCUCCAUUUUGUGUCCGACCUGUGACUGUGAGAAGACGGGUUUUCCCAAAGCACAAAGAUGCCACUACAAUGGAAAGCUGGUGUGUGGGAAGUGUCAGUGCGACGAUGGCUGGCUGGGGACCUUCUGCAACUGCUCAAAAACCUCAGACCUUAACAAAGACCAGUGCAUUGGCCCGAACAUGACAAAGCCCUGCUCAGGCCGUGGGGACUGUCAGGCAUGCGGGAGCUGUGUGUGCCACAAUCCGGAACAGUUCGAAGGACCCUACUGUCAGUACGACAAGACCCAGUGUCCGCGAUUCUCAGGCAUCCUUUGCAACGAUCGCGGUUCUUGCGUGAUGGGCCGUUGUGCUUGUUCAGAGGGCUGGGAGGGCGCUGCCUGUGAGUGCUCCAAAAGCAACGACACCUGCCUGGACACCAAAGGGAACAUUUGCGGUGGUCGAGGCGAGUGCAAAUGCGGCAGCUGCAAGUGCCCAGACUCCGAGAUCGAGAUGACUUCGACCUGCGAGCCAAACUUUCAGUUCCAACUGGGUGCGUGUGAGGUUACGAGGAGCUGCGUCCAGUGUCAAGCCUGGAAGACGGGAGAGAAGAAAAACAAAGAAGAGUGCGACCAGUGCCCCUUUAAAAUCGUCAUGGUGGAUAAGCUGAAAGAACGGAAGGACGUGCUGGACUCUUGCAGCUUCCGCGACGAGGACGAUGACUGCUCAUACCAGUACACCGUUGAGACCAGUAAAGACAUCACAAAUAACGAGCUGCUGGUUGAGGUGCUCAAAGACAGAGAAUGCCCACCAGCUAGUCUGCUGUGGCUGCUGCCGCUCCUCCUGUUCCUCCUGCUGCUGCUGGCACUCCUGCUGCUCUGCUGCUGGAAAUACUGUGCCUGCUGCAAAUCCUGCUGGCAGAGCUGUCUUGCCUUGUUGCCGUGCUGCAGGAGAGGUCGCAUGGUUGGCUUUAAGGAAGAUGAGUAUUUGCUCCGUCAGUCUCAGCUGACCUCAAACCAUUUGGACACGCCAAUGGUGAGGACCGGUCCACCUAAAGGAACUGACGUGGUCCGCUGGAAGGUCACAGACAACGUGCACCGCGCGCCCAAUCACCCGCAGGCGCUGAUAAAACCAAACCCGGACGAAUGGAUCCAGUUCCCGAUCUCUCUCCGACUAAACAGGUUGUUCUCCGAGAACCUGUAUCGGCUCGACUCACGAGACGCUGAGCAACUCCGUAAAGAAGUGUCUGAAAACUUAAACGAGGUGUACAAACAGAUUCCCAAGGCAGAGAAGGUGCAAAAGAUUGAGUUCAGAAAGCAGGAAAAUGCUGGAAAAAGGGAUGACUACACCAUCAUGGACACCGUGCUAUCAGCUCCCCGGAGAGCCUACCCGGAUAUAGUCAAGCUUACUGAGAAGAACGUUCAGUCCGGAAACUUUGGUGACCUCAAAGUGGUUCCAGGCUACUAUACCGUGGCCACAGACAGAGAGGCUGCGGGAGCCGUGGAGUUCCAGGAGGACGUAAAGUCCGUGGACGUUCACGUGCCGCUGUUUGUCAAGGACGACGAUGAUGACAAGAAACAGUUGCUGGUGGAGGCCAGGGAUGUGCCGCUGGGCAUCGCAGAGAUAGCGAAACGCUUUGUUAACAUAACCAUCAUCAAAGAGCAUGCCACAAGCAUCUUCUCGUUCCUCCAGCCAAAAUACACAUACAGCAGACAGGAUGGCGUGGCAAACAUCCCCAUCAGCAGAGAGAUCAUUGAGGAUGGGCGCACACAGGUCACCUACUCUACUCAAGAUCUCACUGCCAAGAACAAGAAGGACUAUGUGGCCAUGCAAGGAGACCUGUCCUACGGUCCCGGUGAGACUCAAAAGCUCGUCCCCGUUCGUCUGCUAGAGCUGAGCGAGAAAGACGGCUUUAUCGAAGACAAACAGGUGAAGCAGUUUGCCAUGGACCUCAGUAACCCGCGGCAGGGGGCCAAGUUGGGACGAUACCCGAGGACCGUUGUCACCAUCACGGACCUGCCAGAACCAAGUGUGAUGAUGUUCAAGAACAGCACGCAGAACUUCAGCACCUUCGAUCCGACCUACAACAUCCCGGUGGUGCGCUCCCGCAACGAGGACACCCCCGCCACAGUGCAUUGGCGCACUGUCAAGUCCCAGCGCUUAGAUCUUUCCGGCCCUCUCAAGUUUGCACCCGGAGAAACGGAGAAGUAUAUAGUGAUCGACCCUAAAGCCCACCCUGGCCCAGUCCAGCCAGAAACCUUCCAGCUGGAGCUGUUCGACCCCAGCGCCAACGCUGCGGUUGGAGAAAGGAAGAACACCAUCAUCAAUGUCAGAGAUGAACCGCGAUCUCCAGAAUUUAGCCAGACCCAAAUGAAGGGCUACUCAAGCCCAAGGGCCACUUCCCCGGGCGCCCGCCUUCCCCCUCCAGGAAACCUGAAGGCCAAAGCAACGGGGCCCAGAAACAUCCACCUAAACUGGGAUCCACCUUCGGGUAACCCCCUGGGAUACAAGGUGAAGUACUGGAUCUAUGGUGACCCUGAGAAAGACGCCCAGGUUCUAGAUGUGAAGACACCUCAGGCCGAGCUGACAAACCUGUACCCCUACUGCGAUUAUGAGAUGCGAGUUUGUGCCUACAAUGCAAUGGGAGAGGGCCAGCCUACCAACAUGGUCCCCUGUCAAACCCUGGAAGACGUGCCCGGGGAACCCGGCCGUCUGGCCUUUAACGUCAUCAGUCCGACGGUCACUCAGGUCAGCUGGGCAGAACCCGCGGAGACCAACGGCAACAUCACGGCGUACGAGGUCAUCUACACGCCCAUCGACGAUGAAAGGAAACAAGCCGGGGCAGCCAAAAAAGUCAAGAUUGACAACCCAAAGAAGCGGAUGUUGUUGAUAGAAAACCUCCAGAGCGCCCAAACGUAUCAGUACAAAGUUCGCGCCCAAAACAGCGUGGGCUGGGGCCCCUACAGAGAUGCCACCAUCAACUUGGCGUCGCAGCCUACCAGACCCAUGUCCAUUCCCAUCAUUCCAGAUGUCCCCAUCGUGGACGCUGAGGCAGGCGACGAAUAUGACAGCUACCUGAUGUACAGCAACGAUGUGCUAAAGUCCCCAACCAGCUCCAAGACCCCCAGUGUUUCUGGUGAUGGCUGGCAGCAUCUCAAGCUGGUGGGCUGUAACCUGGACCUCCGUCAGGUGUCAUGGAGAAAGCGAGUGGAGGUCAUCCCCAGCCGUCUCAGCACAGACACAGAGAUGAGCUCAGACGAGCUCCCCCGCCCCGGCUCCUCCCAGACACCGCUGCCAGAUUACACGCUGAAUGGAAAGUGGGAUCACAACUUCCUUUUCCCAGGAGGCUCUUCGACACGCAACCUUUCGUCAUCGUCCUCCCCGAUGUCCACCCUGAGCUCCAACUACAAAGGCGCGGGCGGCUCCUUCACCACGGAGACACACACCACGUACAUGUCUGGGCCCGGAAGCCCUCGCAGACAGGACCUGAUUGGAGGAGGAGUGCACACAACCGAAGUCCACAUGAGGAAGCGCUCAGAGAACAGAGGCUACACCGAUGAAAACAUCCGGGACUCCAUCGUCAUGGGAGACGAGUCGAGCAAGUUCCUUGAUCUGAGUGGGUUCGGCUACACUGGGGUGCAGAGCAGCUCUCAGAACCAAUUCAGCUACAACCUGUCUCAGGGUUCCAGGGCCAGGACUCAGUCAUCAGAGGUCAAUGAAGCCUUAUACAGUCUGGAUAGAGUGCUCCAUGAUGCCCGACUCUCUCCUGGUGUACCGGACACCCCGAGCAGACUGGUGUUUUCCGCUCUGGGACCGACUGCUCUUAAAGUCAGCUGGCAGGAGCCACACUGCGAGAAAGACAUCCAGGGAUACUGUGUUCUCUACCAGCUGCUCAAUGGAGGUGAGACGAAGCGCAUCAAUGUCACAAACCCAGCCGAGAACUCUGUGGUCAUCUAUGACCUGCUGCCCAACCACUCCUACCUGUUCAAGGUGAAAGCUCAGAGUCAGGAGGGCUGGGGUCCAGAACGUGAGGGAGUCAUCACCAUCGAGUCAGCCGUGGACCCUAAGAGCCCCCUUAGCCCGAUGCCAGGCUCACCGUUCACCCUGAGUACUCCCAGUGCUCCAGGCCCUCUGGUGUUCACAGCCCUGAGCCCUGACUCACUGCAGCUCACCUGGGAAAAACCACGGAAGCCCAAUGGAGACAUCCUGGGCUAUGUGGUGACCUGUGAACAGCUACAUGGUGGAGGUGGUAUGCGCUCCUUCAACGUAAGCGGCGACGACGGCGAGACCAGUCUGACCGUACCAAACCUGACUGAGAAUGUUCCGUAUAAGUUCAAGGUCCAGGCUCGUACCACGCAGGGCUUUGGUCCUGAGAGGGAGGGCAUCAUCACCAUUGAGUCUCAGGAUGGAGGUGCCUUAUCUCAAUACAACAGUCAGUCAGUAACAAGGAGGGAGGUUUUCCAAAUGCCAACCGAAGUCACCACAAGAACAAACGUCUCCCACACCAUGCUCAACGAUCCCUAUUUCUCAGACGGGAUGAUGAUGACUCAGGUCACAGAGACGGGCGGCAUGGUGAGCCGUCAGGUCACCAGGGAAGUGGUUCAGAGGGGCGUCGUUGGAUCUACUGUCACAAAGAGAAUGUUUUACGAGUCUUAGGAAGUUGUUUAAACUAUGCCCGCGAUAGCAUCCGGCGUCCCAACAAAUCAGAACGCCAAAGAGAGUUUGUAAAUGUACGUGCAUGUGUGUAUAGGGUGAAAAGGAUGUGCAAAAAAAAAAAAAAAAAAAAAGUCCUUA